AUGACUACAACAUAAACCUAUUCAAUCCCAUUGAAGGCGAAGGUGCUGAUGGACGGCCAGUUGUAGUGCCAGCGCGCGAUAGCUUCCGCAUGCAACGAUUUUUCAAGCUAAAUAGCUUUAAUAUACUGGCCAGUGACCGUAUACCCUUGAAUCGUACGUUAAAAGAUUACAGAAUAAAAGAGUGUCGUGACAAAAGGUAUGACCACAACGAACUACCCACAACAUCAGUGAUAAUAGUUUUUCAUAAUGAGGCCUGGUCGGUGCUCUUGCGCACAAUAACCAGCGUUAUCAACCGGUCGCCGCGUAAAAUGAUCAAAGAAAUAAUUCUUGUUGACGAUGCUAGCGAUCGCUCUUACCUGAAGAAGCAACUCGAAGCCUAUAUUAAAGUACUUACGGUGCCAACACGUUUGCUGCGCAUACAGAAACGCGGCGGCUUAGUGCCAGCGCGCUUGUUGGGCGCCGAGCAUGCUAAGGGCGACGUUUUGACCUUUUUGGAUGCGCACUGCGAGUGCACGCGCGGCUGGUUAGAGCCUUUGCUGCAGCGUGUGAAGGAGUCACGCACCAAUGUGGUAGCGCCGGUUAUCGAUAUAAUUUCCGAUGAUAAUUUUAGUUAUACAAAAACAUUUGAAAAUCAUUGGGGUGCUUUUAAUUGGCAGCUCAGUUUUAGAUGGUACAGCACCAGACGCAACAGAGCAACGCCAAAGAGUGACCGCACUGAGCCGAUCGCGUCACCGGCCAUGGCUGGUGGACUAUUUGCAAUCGACAAGAGCUAUUUCUUUGAAAUUGGCUCAUACGACAAAGAGAUGAAGAUUUGGGGCGGCGAAAAUGUUGAGAUGUCUUUCCGCGUGUGGCAAUGUGGAGGUCGUGUCGAAAUCUGUCCCUGUUCGCACGUAGGCCAUGUUUUCCGCAGCACUACACCGUACACCUUCCCAGGCGGCAUGAGCGAAGUGUUGGGAAAUAAUUUAGCGCGCGCCGCUAUGACUUGGAUGGACGACUGGCAAUAUUUUAUACUCUUGUACACAUCCGGUCUCUCUUUGGAGACACGUGAACGGAUUGAUGUCAGCGAUCGCCUCUCCCUGCGCGAGAAACUCCAAUGCAAACCAUUUUCCUGGUAUUUAGAGACUAUAUGGCCGGAACAUUUCUUCCCAACACCCGAUCGUUUCUUUGGCAAAAUUAUUUGGCUAGAUGGCGAGACUGAGUGUGCGCAGGCAUACACGAAACACAUGAAAAAUUUACCAGGACGUCGGUUGUCGCGCGAGUGGCCGCGAAUUUUUAAAGAAAUCGAAAGCAAUGGUGAACAAUUUAUGUCGCUAAUCGAUUUGGAUCGCGACAAGUGUUUGCUGCCGACGGAUAAGGAUUUGCCGCAUACUGCAUUGCAAACGGCUACAGUUGGCGAUUGCAAUGCGCAUCCCAAGUCUAUGGAUAUGUAUGUCGUUACACCGAAAGGGCAAAUCAUGACUAAUGAUAAUGUGUGUCUGACGUACAGAGAGCCGAAGUUAGGAGUUAUACAGCAGCUUAAGAGCCGCAACUUAACUUCAAAUGUGCAAUUGACCAUGUGCUUAGAUCAUCCGCGGCAGUAUUGGAUCUACGACAUGGAUACUCAGCAUAUUUCGCACCGCGAUUCAAAACUUUGCCUCACCUUGAAAGCAACCAAAAUGCCACGCACCGAAAAGGUGGAGAAAAUCGUUGUUGCCAUUGAAUGUGAUUAUAAAGACAUCACGCAGAAGUGGGGUCUCAUACCACUGCCAUGGAGAAUUUAAAAAUGUUUUACAGAAAAUCACUCACAAAACCGCGCGAUCACAAAAGAUUAUAAAGCGCGAAUUUUUUUUACAGAAGCAAUUAGAAAUGCCAAUUAAAUUAAAAACAAUUACGAUAAAAUUAAGAUAAGCAUCAUGUUAGAAGAGAAGACGCAUCAAUUCAUGGAGACAAGCGAAAAACACGAAGUAAUGAACACUUGCGAAGUGUACUUGUGAUAUUUUUUUGUUAUUUGAAAAUUUGUAGAAAAAAAUCUUUAGUUCUUACGUCCAGCACUGAGACCGAAAUACCAGCCACCAAGAACCAACACCGCAAACAAAAA